AAAAUUUUCGAUUCAUUUUCGUUGUUUUCUUCUCUCCGCUCCCGGAAAACCAGUAACGAGAGAAAGGCACUUUCACUCUCUCGUCUCUCCUCUCUCUCUCUCUCUCUUCGUGUUCGUCUCCUGUUUCCUCCAUUGGGCUUCACUCUGUCACUCCCCACAAGAAAGGAACCAAACGAGGUGGGGUUCUCUCUCCUCUCUCUCUCUGGUGACGGUGAUUUUGCAUCAGAUACAUGUAUGUUUUAACCUAUUAAGCGAUAGCGAGUUAGAACAGUCAUGCCAGGAGACAAUAGUGUUGGCAGCCCACCAACCCCAAGGUCCCCAACUGCUCGACUUCGGCAUCGUAGACGCUCAGCUGAGGCUCUUCCCGAUGUUAGUAAAGCAAAUGGAGGCAGUUUACUGGUUAAUGACCGUAAUAAAUACAGGUCAAUGUUGGUACGUGCAUACUCUUCUGUUUGGAUGAUUGGAGGUUUUGCAUUGAUUAUAUAUCUGGGUCAUCUCUGCAUCACUGCCAUGGUGGUGGUUAUCCAAAUCUUUAUGGCAAAGGAGCUGUUUAAUCUACUCAGGAAAGCUCAUGAAGAUAAGCACCUACCGGGAUUCAGGAUUCUAAAUUGGCACUUUUUCUUCACUGCGAUGCUGUUUGUUUACGGUCGCAUACUCAGUCAACGGCUUGUCAACACUGUAACUUCAGAUAAAGUGUUAUAUAAGCUUGUCAGCAGUCUUAUCAAGUAUCAUAUGGUUGUCUGUUAUUUCUUGUACAUCGCAGGAUUUAUGUGGUUCAUUCUUACACUAAAGAAGAAGAUGUACAAGUAUCAGUUUGGCCAGUAUGCGUGGACGCACAUGAUUCUAAUUACUGUGUUUACCCAGUCCUCUUUCUUUGUAGCAAACAUCUUUGAAGGAAUUUUCUGGUUUCUUCUUCCAGCUUCACUUAUCGUAAUCAAUGACAUUGCUGCUUAUAUUUGUGGUUUCUUUUUUGGAAAAACCCCUUUGAUCAAGAUAUCACCAAAGAAAACUUGGGAGGGAUUCAUUGGAGCGUCAGUUAUAACUAUCAUAUCAGCAUUUUUGCUUGCAAAUAUCAUGGGUCGUUUCCAGUGGCUAACGUGUCCAAGAGGGGAUUUAUCGACUGGUUGGCUUGAUUGUGAUCCUGGCCCAUUGUUUAAGCCAGAGUAUUAUACUUUUCCAGAAUGGCUCCCUCACUGGUUUCCUUGGAAAGGGAUUUCAAUUUUGCCAGUUCAAUGGCAUGCGUUAUGUCUUGGUUUGUUUUCAUCGAUAAUAGCUCCAUUUGGAGGCUUCUUUGCAAGUGGCUUUAAAAGGGCUUUUAAAGUCAAGGAUUUUGGUGAUAGUAUCCCGGGGCAUGGUGGAAUCACAGACAGAAUGGAUUGCCAGAUGGUGAUGGCGAUCUUUGCUUAUAUCUAUCACCAGUCUUUCAUUGUCCCUCAGAGCCUCUCAGUUGAUAUGAUCAUAGACCAGAUUUUGAUGAACCUUACGCUCGAGCAGCAGCAAAUUCUAUUUGAGAAGCUUAAACAAGUCUUGCAGGAUAGGCUGGUCGGAUAACCGUGUGAAUAACCUGUAUUUCUGUCAUCCAUUCUCCUCUUCCUUGCAUGUUUGUACAUGUGGAACAGAGGCGAAAAAAGGGAAUAUUUGUGAAUGGCGGUGUUCUGUUUUCGUAGAGCAACCCCCAUUAGGUUGGAGGCAUUCUUGUGCGCGUAAACCCUGUAUAUUCUCGUUGUUGUUUGAUACAUAUUAAGUCUUAGAUGGAAUUUACAUCUUUCUCUCCUCCCCUUGUAUUUGCGCUUUUGAUGGAUUGAUAAGUAACAUACCCGCUGCAAAGUUGGUUGAUGCUUUUGGUAAUUGUAGUAGUGUCCAAUUUAUGUAGGCAUUUUAUGACAACAUUGUAUUUUUAUACCUUGAUGGAUUCUUGCUUCUUUUUCUC